GUUUUGUUAAUACUGGAAGUACGCCUUCAGAGAGUUGUCCCACGGUUUUACUCAAGUAUACUCUUACAAGCUCCCAAAGGACAUUACCUGGAACUGAAUUUCAUCAUGGAGAGUUCAUAUCUAACACCCUGCAUUGAUGAUGAGUACAUUGAGGUUCGUGAUGGGUACAAUUGGUCUGCUAAUCUUCUUGGUGUAUUUUGUGGAAGGAACAUUUCUGUUAUUGUGCGAUCCAGUGGACAGAACUUGUGGAUAAGAAAAUCAGCCCAUUAUUUUUUAGUAGGUUUCGGGGCUCUUACACCAACAAAACACUCAACUUUACAGAUAUUGUCCUCUGAAAUUACUAACUGAAACAAUUCUAAGAUGUUUCUAAGUUGUUGUAACACGGAAGGAAUAGAUGGCAAUUACGAGUACUCCAACUCAUUUGGUAAUUUCAUUUAUUUGUUUUGUUCCAGUUGAACCCAACCUAGACAAGGUGGCCAAAACUCAAUUUGUUCUUUUCAACCAAACUUCAUCCCUUUGGUGUCCAGCACAAGGUGCACCAGCACCAUUUAUAGUUUGGAGAAAGAACGGCAUUAUGGUACAGAACAGUACAAGUGUAAAAUAUAAGCUGACCAUUACCGAAGAAAACAAUAACAAGUACAGCUGUGAAGUGAAGACACAGGAUGGUUUUGACAAGGGAGAAAUCCGUCUUGUCGUGGAAAGUGAGUUUUUUCACAACGAAUUAAGGGGGGUGAGUUUUUAAAGAAACUGCGGCGCCUCGUCAAUGGGGAGUAUUGCAAGGUGAUCUGGUUUUGCCCUUCGCAGAGCGAAACAUUUCGCCAUGACGAAGGGCCCACCCUCUAAGCGUCAGCUUUAGAAACUCUUCACGGUGGCAAAUUUUCAUCGUCAACUCUGUUGACAAAACUAAACUAUUAAUUUACAAACAAUUGAUUCACAAGUCAGUCAGGCGUAAAGGAAAAUAUACUGCACAUUUGCAAAGUUUACCUAAUCGCAAGUAAAAUGAGCAACUCUUAACGCUUUCUAAACUGACUUUUUAGCUGAAAGACUGAUACAAUAGUUUUAUUGACCAGGAGCCCAUGGACUCCUGUAUCUACCUUAUGACUUAUUUGUUUCGUCUUACACUUGAAUAGUAUGAAGCGUUCACGAGAUAACUAGAUGGCAGCUAUUAUGUCAGAAUAUUACAAUGCACACAUUCAGAGAGUACCACCAAAGAGCCUCACUGACUUUCAGCAAUAAAGCGUUUGUACAUUUAUACCGUCUUGCUUUAUUCUAGGGUGCCCAGAUCCCUGCCCAUGUAAAAUUGCAGUUGGAACCAUAGGCGCAGCUACCCUCAUUGAAUGUAGUGGAAAACACUUACUGUCUGUUCCACGGCACUUGCCCUUUUCUACGAUAAAAUUGUGAGCUUUUCAACUCUUCUUUUUCUUUAUGGCUUUUGGGAGGUGGCAGCGAAGAGGAGAGGGGGGGGGAAGGGGAACUUAAACAACAACCAAACAGAGCAGCUACUACCUAAAGUCUUUCAUAACAACUCGCGGUUGGUUGUUCUGUAAGUAACCUGUCUUAAUGCUUUUGUUGCCAUUGGCGCUUGAUGUGCUACGGAUUAUUAAAUACCUAACCCUUAGUGUGUGUAACCAACCAUGAAGGCAAUGGAAAAAGGUAAAAGGAUUUUUAAGUUAGCACUGUCCGACUAAUAGAAGUAACCUCGCCUCUUGGGACAAUCUUUUAGUUUCAUAAAUGACAAAACACUGCAAUUUUCAAACAAAACCACUUAGUUAGGCUGUUGAUCUUGGAUUUCACGAUUAUGUAUUCUAUUUUUCUCUGUUUAUUUGUUUUAUUUGCAUAUGGGAGAUUUCUUGCAUGGCCAGUGUUCGAAGGGGGCUGGAAGAAUACAAAACGCGAUCGAUGUGAAGUUUUCUCUAUUAGAUCCUAGCUUUAAGGCCUCGUCCCUCCCCCUUCCCCCCCUCCCCCCACCUCUUCAUUCUUUUUUACCAAUACAGGGGUGAAAGUUUCUUCUGAGAUAGUUUGAAAAAGUUUGAAUACUUUCAGGUGGUUACAUUACAACAAGAUCAAGAUCUAUCUUUGGAAACGUUGAAAACGAUGUUUUUAAGUUCAGUCCUUGAGGAUUGAGAUCGUACCAUACUUAAAGUGUUGAUACAUAUCAAUUUGUACGAUCAUAUUCAAGAUUACAUUAAAAGCGUUUUUUGGACCCGGAAAGGGCGCAAAAAAACUGUAUUCAGGCUGAAAACACACAAGAGGUAGUAUAAUUUUAACUAAAGACAUUGAAUAUCUUUUCUUAGGGCCUUGAAUGACAACCAGAUAAAGGAGCUGCCACCUGUAGUCUUCAAUAAUAACAUUGAGUUGAUCGAGCUGUAAGUAACAGAUAUCCAUGUCCAUUUUUCAUAUUAACCUUCGAUGUGCUAAGAGUGUGAUGUCAGUGUUUACAAUCAAUCGCUGGUUAACAUAACACUGAUCGUCAUCUCCAGUGGAUAAUGAAUAAAAAAAAAAACUCCCGGUUGGCGUGAAUCAAACUUGUACAGUGGUGCAGCGGCAAAUGAAUAGAACAAACUCCCCUUUCUAAUAAAUCAUUAUCAUUUUCAUUAAAGAUUGAAUCCCGUUUAUCCUAACCGGCUAUCGUGAUGUGCUCAGAGUCUCUCUAUUUGCUGAUUAUGAGCAAAUAUUCAAUGAGCGUCUUUAACCACAAAAUAAAUAAAAUAUGAUUAGGUUCGCUUGUAAAGUUGCAUAGUGAAGUGAUCCCCAUGCUAGGGCGCAUGCAUUAGAGAGACUUGAAGAAACCUCAACAUAAGCCUAACUUGUAUAUUUACUCGUACAUGAUCGAAUCACGUUGAAAUUUUGCUUCAGACAUUUUCUACGUUAGCUUACUGAUGUUUUUUAAGUUCAGGCCUUGAGGAUUGAGAUUGUAUCAUACUUAAAGUGUUGUUGUUUGUUCAAUCACAUUCAAGGUUACAUUAAAAGCGUCUGUUUGACCCGGACACGGCACAAACAAACUGUAUUCUGACCAAAAGGGUACUCAACAGCAGCAACACACAAGAGGUAGUAUAAUUUUAACUAAAGACAUGGAAUAUUUUUUCUUAGGGCCUUGAAUGACAACCAGAUAAAGGAGCUGCCACCUGGAGUCUUCAAUAAUAACACUGAGUUGAUGGCACUGUAA